UAUAUUUGGCAGCCGUCAAAUAAAAACAUUAUAUCAAGUGUUGAGACUAAAAGUCAUCGAGUGGACACAAUAUCUAGUACAAUACACUUCGUGAGUUUUGACAUACAACGGGUGAUAACAAUUCAUAUAGAGCACAAAGGCCGGCCACAAAGCAAUACGGAUAUUCACACCUCAUAGCGCGGUAGUUAUAUACAUGCAACGUAUGAUACCAGUCAUACGACAAUGGUAUCUAUUAUUGACAUAACGUUUGUGUUCGUAUUUUUAAUCCACGUAUGUGUUUCGCAAAGCGCUUGGAAUGAGAACAGCGAUUUGCGAGCGAGCAGAAGCGCUCUGAUGAAAUCCCUUGGACUAAAACGUGUUCCUCGUAAUGUUGCAAGCCAAAGUGAGUUUCUGUUGAGAAGAUAUUCUGCUCCUAAGUUCAUGAUGGGCCUGUUCAGGGAAGUCAAUAGCGACCGAUUCAGCCAUCCUGUGAAUUCUGCUCCUGCGGCCGCCUCUACCAAGAACAGCAGCUACGGGAACGUUGACCAUUACGAAAUUGAGAGGAAAUAUUUAGACGAAACUAAAGUGGACACCGUAAUUAGCUUCUUCAAAUAUGACCACGACAAAAGCUGGAAUCGUAUUCACAAAGAGUUCAAAAUAAAGUUUAAGACAAAUUUCAACUCUCAAGAAGAUAUUGUAAAAGGCGGGGAACUGAAGCUUUUCAAAAGAGGCCCGAGGAAUCGAAAUAUGACCCACGAAUUGUGUUCUGUUGCUGUUUACCUUAUUACGGCGGAGGAAAAACCGGCGAAACUUCUCGAUAAGCGCGAGGUACACGCGUGGAAAACGGGUUGGCAGACCUUCAACAUAACCGACGCUAUCAGAAUGUGGGCUGUGUUUCCGCAGACCAACUACGGGCUCAAGGUAGUUGUUCAUCACAUCCACGAGGAGUUGAGCCCAAGCGCUUUUGGGAUUGUGGGUACGCGCGGGAAUUUGGCGAAGCGGCCGUACAUCAUUGCUUUCGUUGCGACCACACGUGUUUUUCCCACGUUCUCAUCGGAGCUCCUGGCGCACUCGCGUGAUCGUCGCGACACGCGUGAGAAACGCGAGGACUCAACGAACAACUGCAAACUGAAGAAAUUUUAUGUUUCAUUCAAAGAAAUCGGUUUAGACGGGUCGAUAAUCGCACCAAAGGGAUAUGAGAUGUCUUUCUGUCAAGGUUUGUGCGUCCACCCUUUCGAUGCUGUUCCCCACACAAGCCAUGCGAUAGUGCAAAGCUUGUAUCAUUUAUAUGAUUCUUCGACCCCAGAGCCGUGCUGUGUCCCAGGUCGUAUGAAAUCUGAAAAUCUGCUGUUUUUUGACAACGACAAGAAUAUCGUUUUAAAACAACACCCGGACAUGACUGCCACGUCUUGUGCAUGCAAUUAGCGUAGCCUACGCCUACUUCGAUGGAAAAUCUACGCCUACUUCGAUGGAAAAUCCCUAAAUUGAAAAACAAAGUAGUAUGCCGUCAUCCUUCGGUACCUUCUUGGUAUAUGAGGGACUGAUGUGAACAUUAGAGGGUUAUUGAGGGUAGAUUAGGGGAAUUGAGGCGAUCAUUGAAUCUUUAAAUCCAUCUCACGAGAUAACGUUUUCUGCAACAAGGAGGGAUUUUGGUUUAAACUAAUCAGCAAAUUUGUUUACAUUUUCAGUAACCUAAUAAAAAUACAUAAACUCAGACUACAUGAGAUAUAAAGGUACAUUAUUUAGCAUUGUAAAUAAAAUAUUAAAAAUUAGCAGUCUGAUUGAUUUGUAAACAAGUUUGCCAAGUCAUUUCAUGAAGAUUACUGGAGUGAUUACAGUACACUCCAUAACUGAUAAAUUUAGCCUUUUUUACAUCAUCCACGUGGUAGCGACCAUGAAACGAUUACACCACGACCUGUUAGCAUUCGUAACGUAAACAUAUAUAAUCUAUAUAAUAAUUUUAUUAUAAUAUAAUCAUGUACAUAC